AUGUUAGCUAGAGUGUUGGUCCUGAUUGUGGUGUUAGGAGUAUCAAAUGGAGAAGAACAGAGCAAUGAGUCCAAAACAGUAUUGCAACGCGCACAACCUCGGGAAUUUAAGCUGUUAAUGAAAUAUGAUAACGAUCCUUCUCAAAAUCAGGAAGUGCAAUACCAGAUUCCAGAAAGCCAUGAACAGUCAAGUUAUACAAAUAAUAUUGUACAUGAAGUCAACGAACAACAGGAGUCACAAGAAAAUACUGAACAUGCUGGCCAACAAGCUCAAGCUGUUCAAUAUGUGCCAGUGCAAGAAGAGAAAUUGGUUCAUCAAGUUCCUCAACAUUUAGCUUACGCUGUGCCUGUAUAUCGUGCGAGUCAAUCUGGUCAUCACCAAAGUCAACCUGUUCAUCACGAGAGUCAACCUGUACAUCAUGAAAGUCAGCCUGUACAUCACGAAAGUCAGCCUAUUCAUCAUGCUAGUCAACCCGUCCAUCAUGAAAUUCAGCCCAUACACCAUGCAAGCCAACCUGUUCAACUUGAAAGUCAUCCUGUCCAUGUUCCCGUAUUCCAUAAAGUGUUAGCUCAUCAUCCUGUACGCCCAAUCAAAGUGCAUCGCGUCCCUGUCUAUCAACAUCAGACUGAUUCGCACACUGACGACUCACAUGAGCAACCGAUUGACUAUUACGCGCAUCCUAAAUAUCAGUAUGAGUACAACGUGGAUGACCCUCACACUGGUGAUAAGAAGUUCCAGCAUGAAGUUCGGGAUGGUGAUGUUGUAAGAGGUGUAUACUCUUUCCAUGAAGCUGAUGGCUCUAUCAGGACUGUGGAAUAUACUUCGGACAAACAUAACGGAUUCAACGCAGUAGUCAAACACACCGCCCCCGCUCAUCACGCUCAACAAGAGAAUCAUCAUCAUCAUCAUUAG